AAUAUAUCAUGCAGUUUAUCGAGCAAAACUGUAAUCCAUUCAUUUAACAGAUUUCUCUUCCCACUUUAAAUGACAUAAUCAUGUUAACCUUGACUAGUUUAUUGGCAAAACCUAAAUGAAACCUCUUCCGUGAUUGAAAUAUUACCGCGCAGUAUUGCGUUGUUCCUUUUGGUGUCGCAUAUCGCCGGGGUAAUCUACUUGUAAUWCUUCCAUAUUCAUUGAAAACUCGGUGUGGUUAUCAUCUACUGAAGUUAUUCUAAGUUUCAGCUGCCUAUGUUUGCCUUGAUUAGUUCGUUUCGUCAUUUGUUUGCUUUGUGGUUCGUYUAAGAAUUGAGAUGGUGAGAAAUUGUCUUGUUGCUUGACGAAAAGAAAAAAGUGAAUGUCAAAGAUGAAGAUGAUAUCUGCUUGGAAUGAAUAGUUCUUGUGCAGGUGUAUGUUCAUUGCGGCGAUGUGGACGACAAGCGUUCUUCUCUGGUUCAUUCUUGCGUCUCAGAUCAGUUUUAAACAGUGUCUUAAUUUGAAUCUUUGUUCCAACAAUCAUGUCCUCCGUAGCCGAAGUGCAAACAUGACACUCGGAGGCUUAUUUCCAGUUCACAUAUCGAAAACYUUAGAAGGGAAAGCUGUGAAAGAUUUAAACUACUACGGUCUGUCUUGGACAGAAGCAAUGUUAUUUGUCAUCGAUGAAAUCAACAAUUCAAGUAGCAUACUUGGUAAUUAUUCUCUAGGSUUUGACAUCAGAGAUUCUUGUAAUGAUGUAAACAAUGCAGUAAGUACUGCUUUAGAUUUUAUUCUUGAGGAUAGUACUAAACGCAAUAACAAUGUAUCAUGUACGUGCGGGCCGCAAACGUCUGGCAUUUCUGCAGUUAUAGGGGGUGCAGCUAGCCCGAUAUCAACUAAAGUGUCGCACAUCUUAAGCGUUUCUAACAUUCCACAGAUCAGCUACUCCUCAACUAGCGUUUUAUUGAGCAACAAAGCAACAUACCGUUCGUUUCUACGUACAAUUCCAUCAGAUACGUACCAGGCAAAAUCCAUUGCUGAUUUACUUGCGGAAUUUAAAUGGACGUACGUUUCCGUUGUAGCGUCAGACAGCGAGUACGGACGUGCAGGGAUUGGAGCUUUAAAAACCGAGCUUAAAAGGCGUGAUAUUUGUAUGGCUUUAGAAAUAAUAUUUCAUCCUAAUUUGUAUACUGAAGAAUUAACUGAGAUUAUCACACUGUUGAAAAAACAAGUGCGAGCGAAUGUCGUUGUUCUUUGGUGUCAGCGACCAAUCGCCAUUGGCUUCUUGCAACAAGCUACAAGACUUGGUUUGAAAGGAAAGACAUGGAUUGGUACAGAAACGUGGGGUGAUUCGUACUUGCUGUACGACUUAAGCCCAGAAAUUGUGGGGGGAAUGCUUGGGAUUGUGCCGCAGCUAAAAAGAUAUGAACCAUUUGAGAAACAUUUAAAUGUUUUAAAUCCUGGUAAUUCGGCACGAAAUCCUUGGUUCAAGGAGUAUUGGGAGAAGGAGUUUSAUUGUCUGACAUUUGAUAUGAAUACGAGUCCAUCUGAUGUAAAUACAACCACUAAAUUAUACACAAACGACAAUUUCUUCGUCUAUAAACCAAAYACAGAUGGAAACGUCACYGUUGUUUGCCCAAAAGACAAAGGACUUCCGUCGGCAAGUCGUUUACCAAGGAAUAAAUGUACAAAUGUAAUGGAUGCUGUGUACGCCGUAGCGAGAAGUGUGAAUGCAAUAUUAGAUUGCAAAGAAGGAAAAGGACUUCUAGUUAAUAGUAAAUGUCCUUCAGUAAACCCAACAAUACARCCAGUAGAUAUUUUAAAGUACGUUCUAAACGUGUCAUUUGUUGGUCGUUCAGGAAAGACCAUUUCUUUUGAUAAGAAUGGCGAUUUGAUGUAUGGARCGUAUGCAAUCAAAAGCCUUCAACCAGUCAACGCUAACUUCACAAAGAUGAAAUUCAUUGAAUUAGGAUCAUGGGAUGGAGUAAAUGGAAAAUGGGAAUUCAUCAGUGGGAAAAAAUUGCUAUGGAACGGAUGGGUGAAAGAAAAGCCAACUUCACAAUGUGAAGACCUGUGCUUCCCAGGCGAGUACGCCGUCAACGGUAGUACGAAAUGCUGCUGGACUUGCGUCAAAUGCCCCAAAGGUUCCAUAAAGAAGUCCCGCGGGYUAGAGCCCUGUACACCCUGUYCCGAGGGACAUGAAUCAAACUCGAACCGUACUGUGUGYAAUAAAAGAACGKAUGAUUACUUGGACUGGUCGAGUGGACAAGCUUUGUCUGUGGUGAUAGUUUCAGUUUUGGGWAUUCUUCAUGGUGUUUUUAUUUUAGCGGUUUUUAUUCGAUAUCGCUCGACAGCCGUCGUCAAAGCGUCCAACCGUGAACUUUCGUUGAUUCAUCUUAGUUUUCUAGUCUCAAAUUUUGCAUUUUCACUCUUUUUAAUCGGUAAGCCCACUCCUGUGAGGUGUGGGGUGAGGUCGUUUUUUUUCUCUAUUUUAUUCACCAUCAGUACUUCAAUAACUCUUCUAAAAACAGAUCGUCUUSUGCGCAUAUUCCGUUCCAGGUCAAGACUAUCUUCACAAAGUCGACUGCUGACCAAUAAAAUGCAGCUUAUGACCGCCGCAGGUCUGACGUCACUUCCACUUGUUAUAGCCUCGAUGUGGGUAGUCAUCCGUCCACCGGCWAUAACCGAGAUAGACACUGGYAAGCUUCAUCGAAUGAUUCAUUGUAGCGCAGACGCAGAUUCUCUACAAAUGAUUGUUUUAUCUUACGUUCUCYUACUUGCUCUUGUAUCGACCUACUUUGCUUACAGAGCAAGACUCCUGCCUGAAAACUUCAACGAGGCCAAAUUCAUCGGUUUUGCCAUGUUUUCGUUCUGCGUGUUUUGGUUGAGUUUUGUUCCAGCAUUUUAUAGUUCUACAGGCGCUAACAGAGCGUUUGUUCAUUGUUUGACGGUCAUUUUCUCGACUUUAUCAGUGACAUGUAUCAUGUAUUAUCAUAAAGUACGAAUUAUUCUCUUCUAUCCUGAUCAAAACAAGACGGAAGUCUUUCGCAUAAAUGCUUCAACUGUAAAUAUUAGAAGUCAAUUACAAACACAAUCAAAUGCUCCUUCAAGACCUUCCUCCAUGCUGUAUCCGCUAGAACSGAUAAAUGACAAUUCCUUGCAACMGCCAGUGAGCCCGCAGAUUAGCAACGGGCGUUUGUCAGCGUUAGCUGUGGGAGGCGGUAUAGUUUAUUCAUAGUGACGUCAUUAUGGAGUAAAUGAAUAUCGCAAGAUGUAUUCACGGAGGCGGACACUGUAACACAGCGUAGCCACCUUGCUCAUUAGAUCUUACUUACCAUUACAACCGCGCCAACUUGAAUAAACCGUAUUACCAAUACA